CUGUGCUCUCCUCAGUUAGCAGCAGUAACUCCCAGUGGGUGGAUCCAGUUUGAUGACCCACCCUGGCCUAAUCUUUUGCCACUUCACCUGCAGUCAACAGGAUCAAGAGGCCCUCUUACUUCAGAAGGCAGCUGGACAACACAGUCAGAGGAGCCUGGUAACCUGAGUUCAACUGUAUCCUACACAGACCUACACUCUAAUGAUACAGAGGAUCUGCAUAGUAAUAGCAUUUCCAGGGCUGAUUCUCCAGAUGACAGCUCUGUUUGUCAAAGUAAUGAUGAGACUGACAUGGAAGCACUGACGAGACAACCUGAUCCCACUCAGCUGAAUGGGUGUGCAAUGUCAGCCACAGGCUUCUCAAACUGGGUUACGUUUGACGACGAUUCAGACUUUGUGACGUCCGUAAAACCCCCUCCGUCAAAUUCCCACACAGCUCAGGGGAAGGGCAGCAGUGUCUUUGGGUCCAAAGCAGGAUCGAAGAAUAACCUGGUGGAUUUUGCAACUGAAGACAGGAAUGAGGUAUUUUCACCAGGUAUCCCCGAUGUCUUCCUCACAUCACCGGCCCGGGCCACCAACCCUUUCCUGGAUGAAUCCCUCCGUGAUAUUCAGCCUUCAACCAUCAAUCCAUUUCAAGCGUUCUUUGACCAAAAUGAGUCCAACACAAAAAAAUUAUCAGAGACUGGUUCCACCCUGAGCUUCAGACAGCAGAAGCCGAGUGGCUCUCUGUUUUCUGGAGUUGAUGAUGUACCUCCAUUCAGUCAAUCUCCAGACCCAGUUUUCUCAUUUCCCAGCCCGCAUACCAACGGCCGAAGGGAUUGUGAUAUGUUAUUUAGCCAUUCCCCAAUCUCCCCUUUCUCGGGGGUAAAUACCAAUGACCCAAGGGACUCUGUCAUGUCAUUUUCUCCAGAGCCAAGCCCCCAAUUGUUUGACGGAAACGCCAGCAAUCAAAGCGAUUCUGUCACAUCCAGAAACUCUCUUGAUUUGAACAUCCUAUUUUCUGCCUCGCACUCCAAUGGUCAAACACUUUCUGCUGCAUUCAGCCAGUCUGUGAACCCGACAUUCACAGAUGACUCAGAGGCUCUCGUCUGCCACCAAGACGCAAUCACACAGCUUAAACACAUUCAGAUAGUGGAUCCCGAUCACUGUGAUAGCCCCACACUGCCCGACGACCCUUUGCACUCCCCCGACACGGAAGACUUCACGUUUGAUUUUGUCCAACCCCAACCCAAAGACGGCUGGCCGCUUAUGUUGAGAAUACCCGAGAGGAAAAACAUCAUGUCGUCGAGACACUGGGGACCCAUUUACGUCAAGCUGCUGGACAGUGCUCGGAUACAGCUCUUUUAUGAAAAGGGUCUAGAAAAGUCUUUCAAGCAACUGCAGCUUCUGCCCUGCCAUGAGCUGUCCGAAGUCAAGCUCCAGAACUAUGAUGAAAAUGGGAAGGUUCACACUGUAAGUAUUGAUCAAGUUUUGUAUAAGGAAAAGCGGAAAUACCAUGCCAUGGCAACGGUGCAGGCACCCGUCAGGAUUCAGCUCCUGAAGUUCGGCACCACAUGUUACCAGGAUUGUGUGAGCUUCGUGACAGCCAUUCAGGACACGCUGUUCAAGCUGCCGGCCUCCAGGGACAUCGGGGCCACUUACUCCGAGGAAGAGGUCACGGUGGUGGUGCAGGAUGAGUUCAAAGGGACCGUGGCCAGAGAGGACAACAGCCUAUUCCGCCAUUCUGUGACCACUCGUAUCAGUGUCUUGGCGUUCGUCUCCGGGAUGCCAGAGUGCAGGAUGGGCCUGAAUGAUGUUGUGUUGAAAGGGAACGAGGUUGUGGCGCGGCAUGAUAUCAUCCCGACCACUACAACCAAAUGGAUUAAGAUGAGCGACUGCCAGUUCCACCAAUGUGGGGACGCCAACGCUUUCAAAGCCUCUAGGGUAAUUAAGUUUGUUCCCCUGGAGGGACACAAGUUUGAGUUGAUGCGCUUCAGAGCUAGAUUUGGCGAACGGUCGCUCCCAUUCACCCUCAAAACCAUAGCCACUGUCCAGGGGGCCGAAAUAGAACUCCAGUCGUGGCUGGUCAUGUCCUCGGGGUUCGUGUCCAACCAGCAGUCGUUUGCUCCCAACCCGUGCGAAAACGUGAUGAUUCGCUUCCCGGUGCCACCCGACUGGGUUAAGAACUUUCGCCGGGAGGGUGUCCUCAGGGAGAAGUCACUGAAAGCCAGAGUCAACCGCAGCGCCAGCUUUGGCAGUGCCAGCGUGUCCGGCUCCGAGCCGGUCAUGAGAGUGACAUUGGGAAGUGCCAAGUACGAGCAUGCCUUCAAGGCUAUCGUGUGGCGAAUCAACAGACUUCCAGACAAGAACUCAGCUUCAGGACAUCCCCAUUCCUUUUACUGCCACCUGGAGCUGGGGUCUGACCGGGAAGUGCCCUCGAUCUUUGUCCACUAUGUGGAUGUGGAAUUCGACAUGCCCAGCACUUCAGCCUCCAAAACUGCUGUCAGGUCCAUCUCAGUGGCCAACAGAACGGACGUGAGGAAGUGGGUUAUUUACAAAGCUCACUACAGUUACCAGGUGGAAAUGGAACAGAAAAGGGCAGAAGUUGAAGCUCUGGAUGGAACAGACAAACAUUGUCCCACUGAGUGCGUUCAGCAAUGAAGCCCUCCCACCACCUAUACGAGAAGAAGUGCCAUUUGUCACAUCUUAGCCUGCCUGUGUCUGGUAUAUGUUUCUAAUACUGCCUAAUUAUUAGGAAACCUAAUGUUCUCAUUUCCUUAGUUCGACUUUCCAAAGCUUGGGCAAUUGAGAAAGGAACUUGCAAUCCAACACUGUGUGAAUUUGAUGGGCAGAAAUCCAAUUGUUAUACAAAGCCCAAGGACAGAAUGUUAUCUCAAAGAGGCAUUGAAUUCAAUGAAGCAUUGUGUCUAAGUACCCGCGACACACAAAGAAUACCACGCAAUCCGUCAUUUUUAUGUCGUUUGUACAGGUGCCCCGGUACGGAGAAAGAGAGGAAGAGGUUAAUUCCUGUCAUGAAGAGAACUCUCUCCUAACUUUAUAUUAUAAUCCAAUUUACAGGAUAAGUAAAAGGUUUGGCCAAUAUUGAAUUCUGCAGAUAUUCACAUGGGUCUUCCACUGUAACCUCCCACCACACAGCUCAGGAACCCAUCCCACUUCCGUGAAGUUACGUUGCAGCCAAAUUCGAUGAGAGAAAAAAUAUAAGAAGAAUUUGAUUGUUUCAAUUUACUUUACAGUAUAUCCUGUGAAGUGCUUUGAGACGUCUGAUGUACUAUCAAAUGCAAGGAUUAUUAUUAUUUAUUAAAUCAAUAUCUGAGUAGAGUUCAAGCAGAUCGGAGUCAGACCUAUCCACAUAUCUGCAGAAUUCAAUAUUUAUUGCUGCUUUUUUCCUUCAUUUCCUGAACCUGGAUUUCCUUAACUCUAUGCCCUUCAAUAAUCUGUAUUGUGUCGAGAAUUUCUCAUUUUGCACACCACUGGUCUGCCUUGGGCCUUUCCGAGCCCGUGUACAUUCCUUUGUUCCUAUAAACUGCUAGAAAAUGGUUUUCAUUAAAGAGUUCCUGUUCUUUUUCUCCAUCUGCAGUGCCUGUAGUUUUGAGCUUGCUGAUAGGGUGGGUGAUCAGGAAGGAUGAAAUUGGAUGGGCUGAAGGGCCUUCUUCAUACGAAACAAUCUUGUAACCUCAUGAAGAUUGACUCAUCUUUUGUGAAACAAGCGCAGUGCCCAGCAGUUAGCAAUUGACCGGCAUACUAGGACAAACCACACUAUCGAGCUAGGACCACCCUACCUAUUAAGGUUUGUCUCUUAUGGUUGAGGGCAAAUGUACAGUUCCAAGUUAAUUGAUUAAUCAAAUAGUGGUUUAAUCAUCGCCAAUCAAUUUGAUUACUGAAAAUCUGUUGUAAAACACAGGACAGGAAGUUUUGUUGGAGGGGGAGAAAAACGACCUCUGAAUAGUACAGGUUGUAUUUUUGAGUUGCUUUAUUGCAGAGAAGGCCCAUCAUGUCUGAGCUGUUCCCCUUUAUACCAAAUACUUCACUUUGAGAGCAUCAGUGUUUUUGUGCUGGAGACUGAUCUCAUCGCUCUCAUAGCUGACCUAGUUCACAAAACAGUCAUCAAGGAAAUGAUGUUUUUUGAAUUCCAGUUUUUUGUAUUUUGUAGUAUUUCCAAUUGCCAUUUUACAGUUUUUUAUUAAAAAUUUGGGGGGCUUUUAUGACGAUAUGUAUAUAUUUUGCAGACAGGCAGGAUGUUCAGAUACCUGAGGGCUAAGAGUCCAUUUAAAAUAGAAAAUAGAUGGUUUGGAGGUGAAAAGAAAUGGGAUGCUUGACAGAAGGACUUUUGCAAUUACUUUUUCUUGGAAUCAGUAUUUUUUUAAAAACAAAAUCCAUCUUUUUCUAGACUGUGGAGCCCACUGAUCUGAAUACCAUGGACAGCUGUACUAUUUAAGGGGAACUAUCUGCCAGUGCUCAUUAAUCCAGGAAGGAUGCAGGUUGCCCUGUUGCUGUAUUACACAGUGCAGCAUCUAAAUUGACCGAAGGGUUUAUGCUUGGUGGGGGAAGACAAGGGAUGGCGGUGGGAGAGUAUCUAUUACUACCUUAAGUGAUUGAGUAAAGAGAAAAUGGUGGUGGAGUUUGACAGCCACCUGGCUAAGACUGGAGCCAAAUCCAUUCCACAACACAACCUUACUAAGUUUUAAUCCCCCUCCCUUGCGUCCUUCAAGGCCCGUCUCAAGACCCGCCUCUUCAACCGUGCCAUCAGUCACCCUCCUACCUCCACCUUCCCUGCUCUUCCCCCUCCGGUCCAGAGUCUUGGGACAUCCUCCCGACCUGAAAGGCGCUAUGUAAGUGUAAUUUAUUGUCAUUUCAAGGUAUAACUUACACUGGAAUCAUCGAGUAACAUCUCUUUUUGAUGUGAUUCUGUGAGAAAUGUGCAUGUUUACCAGAGUUUUACCAGAGUUGUGAAGGAUUUCAUUUGACCAGGAUGCCCCAGGUUUGAUCGCUGGUCUCAGAUGGAAAGGCAGCAGUGAUUGGCCUCGGUGAUCUUGGGAUGGGGAGUUGACAAAAUCCACCAAGGAUCCUGCCACUGAGUUCUUAGCUUAUAAGACUUUCACACACUCACAUGCACUCACAAUUUUUGGGGGAAAAAGAUUUUUUUUUAAAAAUUGAGCUUCGGCAAUAAGAUAAUUUAAGGUUUUUUUAUGUAAAUCAAAGCAGACUUGUCAAAUUCUACUAAGGUAUCAAACCAGGGAUAUUCUUGCACUUUCGUGUUUAAAAUGUUAUGUAAUGUAUAUACAUGAAAUGGUGGGUGAAUUUUAAAUAAAUGUUUAAGGCUUCUGUCA